CAAUGAAUCAGAGAUCUCUGUAGAAAAGUCAGUUCAGUUCCGUCAGGUUUUUGCAGAAGACGAUCGGUGACUGACUUUGGAGAGCGAGAGAGAGAGAGAGAGAGAGACUGUGGAGGUUCUGUUUGAUAUGGAGUACGAGUUUGAUGCAGCUCGGUGGUUCGAUUUCACUCGGGAGGAGUCACCAGCUGAGUCUCAGUCCGCCGAGUUCUGGUUUCACUCUGCUCCCUCCUACGCUCCCUCUCCUUUCGUGACAAAAUUGUUGCUCGGAGAAGACAUGUCUGAUGACAAGACCGAGGCAUCCACGAAACCAGAGGAGGAAGACGGUGGCGAGAAGGAUGGAGAUAGCUAUCGCCAUCCAUAUUUGAAUAAGACUGGAAAUGGAAUGCGUUUUGGGGUAUUUUCAUCCCAACAAGCUCAUAACUUGAAGAAAGUUCCAAACCAACCUAUAUGCAAAGGGCCAACGGUUAGUAGUCACAACCACAAUGAUAAACCAAAAUUCCGAGCUAAACCAAGCAUCAGACCAACUCCAAGGAGCUCAACGCUAAUGAAACCAACUGCUAGCCAGUUAGCUAAACAAAAUAAUGCCAGUAAAUUCCAUAUGCAAGUGGACCAAGUUCAUGAGAAAGGCUUAUGUGGGACCGAAGUUCAAGCGGCCAAACGACAGAAACUUGACGGGGGUCUUCUCCGCAAGGUUGCUGAUACAAAGCCGGAGAUGACUUUUGUUCACAAGAUACCCAAGAAGGAUACAACUCUUGAUAGAAACUCACAACAUACCAGGACAAAGAUUACUGUCCCACAGGAGCCUGAUUUUGCUACAUCGCAGAGGGCACACAGGACACGGCAAAAAAAUGAUGCGAACUUAGAACAGGACUCAACAGCUGUCUAUAGAUUCAAAGCACGUCCAUUCAACCGAAAGAUAUUUGAUGCUCCUUCAUUGCCCAUCCGGAAAAAGAGUACUCCAAAACCAACGGAGUUCCAAGAAUUCCAUUUGAAGACUUCAGAAAGGGCUAUGCAACAUUCUUCAGCAGUAACAACAAGGUCUAAUCAGAGGAAUGAUGCGUAUAAGGGAUCAGAAAAAUCUAAUAUAACUGAUGCACUUGACGGUAUUAACAGAGAAAGUAGGAGACCAAACGCUAUGGAUAUAUCUAAGCAUGAUGUCUCGGAAGGGAAACAUCUUUUUAAAGCUCGUCCUCUGAACAAGAAGAUACUUUCAAGCAGAGGAGACAUGGGAGUCUUCAAAAAUAGCAAGCGAGAAACAACAGUUCCUUUGGAGUUUAGUUUUCAUUCAGAAAAGAGAGUUCAACCAGAUUUACCAACAGACCUUUUCAGCAAGCUCUCCAUCAAACCCGAGAUCAAGCAAAAUAGUGGAUCCCGCUCAAGAUUUCCUCAAGCAAAGGGCUUCAAGGAAAAUAGAGUGUACUCUUUCCAAGCAGGGAAUGAGGUAACAAGAGUGGCAUCUGGAAAAACAGUUUCUUCAGCUGGACAUAUACAAUCUGGUCAUAGCGGAAUAGUUCCUGAAACAAACCAGCAAUGGACCGCUAGUAGGAGCUUAGGCAUUCGCUGAUGGUAUAGAAACAGCUUUUGUAGCAUAUGGAAUCAUCAUCAACAACUCCUUUUUACAGUUAGUAGCAUAAGAAAAAAAAGAUAUAAAAAACAUAAAUGUAAAUCAGAAAAUACUUUCAAGCUCUUAAUACAACAUGUGGUUCAUAUA